AUGGGAAUUGAUGGUGAAAAUGAUUUUGUUUUUAAUAAUAGGACGGUGAUUUGCGCGACUUCUGCGAGUCUGAUUUCAACGCUGGCUGGAUAUCCACUAGACAGCAUUAAGAGUCGCUUGCAAACUGACAGAUCUAUCAAGUCCAUUUCCAGUUGCGCACAUAAGGUUUGGAGCCAGGAAGGCUUCCGUGGCUUUUUCCGCGGUGUUUGGAUCCCGCUAUGGUCCAUUUCCGCCGUCAGAGCCACUUCAUUCUCCAUUUACACCAAAUCAAGGGACUUGUUGGCUAAGAACACGUCCGUUAAACCUAUAGACCUCCCCUUUACUGCUCUCUCUGGCCUUUUAUCAGGUCUUCCCGCUGGUUUCAUUAUUUCCUUAGCAUCCGCGCCGUUUGAACUGAUCAAAAUCAAUCGCCAACUCGAAUUUCAAAUCGCUUCCAGUCGAGGUUUGGUUUAUAGAGACCUCGGCACUAUCGGAUCUGGUAGGGAUAUAAUAAAGAAGCAUCGUGGCGCUAUCACUGGUCUCUACACCGGAUUAAGGUUGCAUAUGAUGCGCGAUAGCUUCGGCACUGGUCUCUACUUUUCCAUCUACGACAGCUUGAAAUGGCUUACACGUAGUAAUCCAAACCACAACCUCAACAAAUUGCCUCCACAAGUCGCUGCAUUCUUGGGCGGUGCUACAGCGGGCAUAUCGAGCUGGCUGCUCGUUUAUCCCGUUGACGUGGUUAAAAUUGUAGUGCAGCAGCGAAUGCUGUCUGAACUGCCACCUAAGUCGCCAAAAGAGAUUCUCGUACAUCUUGUCAGAGGAUCUAAUCCGGAUCUACCACCCAGACCGCUGCUUAUUGGAAUAGGUAAGCUGUAUAGAGGAUUGGGAGUGAGUGCGUCGAGGUCAACACUCGCGCAUGGACUCAUGUGGGCUUUGUAUGAGUCUAUGAUGGGUAGGAUUGAAGAGGAGCACGCAAGUGCACUUGAUAGAGACAUGAAAAUAGCCAAAAACACCAGUAGAUUGGUUUGA